GUUUUUGGACGUUCAGUUCAGACCCGGACCCGGACCCAGACUCCCCCAAAAAACCCGCACAGAUAAGACUUAAACCCCAAGCUAAUUGCUUUGUCUGCGAUGGCUUCCGAGGGCUUCAAGAAGUAUUUCAAUAGCACCACAAUGAACGGUCGUGCGAAUGUCGCGAAGGCCACGUAUGCUACGUUGGCGCUCGUCUAUUUGUUUUAUCGGGUGCGUCGCGGCAAGGAUCAACCGCCAGCUGCCAAGGAGCCGACAUUUGAGCCGAGCUGCAGCUGUGACGAGAAGCUGCCGAACUCAGAGAUCAUCGUUGAGCCGCCGGAUCGAGAUUGCGCCGUCUGCCGGGAGCGACGACCCAGAGACGAUAGCUGCAAUGGACACAGUGAGCCGCCGCCGCCACCGCCGCCGGCGAGCAGUGCGCCGGCUCGACGCAAGUGUCCAUGCGAGGAUCCGCACCGGCACCUGGACUCGGGCAAGCCGCAGCACACACAGCAUCCGCUGACACAGCAACAGCAACAGCAGCGCCAGAGCUGCAAUGCAUCGCAAUUGGAUGAGGCGCAUCCGGCGCGUGAGCUUAUCUCGCAGAUGCAGGAGGCCGCAUCCCGUGUCCUGCGCAAUGUGAUUGGCGCCGUCAUGGGCGAUACACCAUCCGCUGCCAGCGGCGACAGCGAGGAGAACUGCAGCUGCUGUACACCGGGCGGGGCAAACGAUAUACUCGACUCCGGCGAUCAGGUGGAGGACGAGGCCUGCGAUUACGAGUCGGACAGUCAAAUGCUGAGUCGCCAGCGGCGUACUGCGCCCCGCGCCUGUGUGCCCAGCAAUACCAGCAGCGACACCGAUGACCCUACCGAAGCGAAACAGACCGAGUCCGAGUCCGAGGCGCAGGCGCAAUCCCAGGCCACGGGUCAGACGCAAUCGCAAUCGCCGCCACAGUCGCAGCUGCAGUCAGCCUCACAGUCGCAGUCGCAGCCACAGUCGCAGCCGCCGACACGGUAUCGCUGCUUUGACGACGACUUUGCCUCCGAAAUGUUCUUUGAGGACUAUGAAGAAUGACAUAUUGAAGGAUUAGCUCAACGCUUGGUUAGCCGGGUUCAGGGGUUUGCGGCUUAUCCAACUAAAUUCUCAGUAAGCAGGUUCUCUAGUCCAUUAGGACUAGGCCUGCAAAUCUAUACCAAAUCUUCAUAGUAUUCAUAGAUGAAGAAUAAACUCACCUUUCUGAAUCAUUUGUUA